AUGGCCACAUGGUCCCUGACUUCCCCAGAUUUUCGGCUUCGACUGCGACUUCCCCUCAAUUUGGGUGACUCCUCCUUCUCUCCUUUCCAUUCCCCGGAUACUCCCCCAGAUGCUAUCAUGUUCAGUGAUUCACCCGACCAGCUGAACCCUUCCUCUCCCGUCAAAUCCAAGGACAAGGAUGGUGGCUAUUUUCAAUGCGGCUUCUGUAAACGCCACUAUAAUCGGGCGGACCAUUUAAUCCGUCAUGUACGAUCGCAUACUCGUGAGAAGCCAUAUGUUUGCGAUGUAUGCGACAAGGGAUUUGCACGGCCUGACCUCUUGAAGCGCCAUGCCACAGGGCAUGCCCAUGACAAGGACCGCAAGCGCAAAAGAAGCUCGUCAAUCGCAAAGCAAAGCCGCGUCUCGCAGGCUUGCAAGACAUGCGCCUCCUCAAAGCUGAAAUGCGACGAAGAGAAGCCUUGUCGGCGAUGCCGUGAACGAAAUCUUCAAUGCGACUGGCAGGAUGUCGUGCAGGACUCAUCUCCUGAGCCACAGCACAGUAUAGCCGACACCUAUGAUGCCGGCAAUCAGCCUCUCGACACAUCAGCCACGGUCGCCUUCUCUCCGAUGCCUACCCCCUUGGAAGAUUUCCCAGCGGCUAGCAAUAUCAUGAUGACACCAAGUGGUCCUCUCCAAGAGCAGGUCAUUUCACCAGAGCUUUCCGCUAAAAACGAGCAGAUGGUAGUUGAAUACGGCGUGUCUCCUACCGACCAUGAAAGCGGCAUUUUCAGCGUCGAUGGCACAUUCUUCCCGAGUUUCAUUCCCGACUCACUGAUAUCUUCCUUGAAUCGAUAUAAUGAUCCAUUCGACCCGUCCAGUCUGAUACCCGAGUUCACACAUUACCGCGCAUUGGAGAAUCCAGGCUACGACUUCAACUUAACAGAUGGCGAUUUCGGCCUGAUUGACAUGUAUAAUUCCCAGAGCUUUCCUCCAGAUAUCUACGGGAUUGAACCACACGAUCGUUUCGACGCUGAUAGCGGAAUUGGAAUUGGCACCGAAGCCUACCACCGAUCAUCCUUAUCCGCGUGGAAGCCCGUUCGGCAAGACCACGCAUUUGGCGACCACGAGAAUCUGUCUGUACCGCAAGCAAUAGAUAGUCCCGAAGCCAUUGCCACCUCCGACCGACAGAUCCUAAGCGAGCGUCUUUCGUCAAGUAGCCGAGAUCUCAUAUUUGGACUUGUUUUGGAGAUCAGCCGCGAGGCCAACAUGAGUCGAAUCAUGAAGUCAUUUCCGAGCACAGAGCUACUAGAUGGAUUGAUUCAGCAAUAUUUUGAAUACCAAAGCCACAGUGUGGAUUCAUUCAUCCAUGGACCGACUUUCCGUCUAAAUGGUGAACAUGCCAGUAUUCUUGCAGCCCUGGCUGCUGGUGGUGCCGUGCGCUCGCCAAUUCCUACGAUCAGAAAGCUGGGCUACGCUUUGCUUGAGAUUGUUCGCCUGUAUAUGCCUAUUAAGUAUGAAAAGGAUAACAGUACCACGCGAGAUUUGCGAACCUCGCAGACCUACGCUGUAAAUCUGGAUAUUGGUAUUUGGAGCGGCAAUCGACGAAAGACGGAAAUUGCAGAAAGCUUUUUACAACCUUUGAUAACAAUGCUUCGACGAGCCCUUCGAUUCCGCCGAUCGGUCUAUACGGCCAUCGUGCCUCUGGCGGAAGAUACGGGAGACGUGUUGGAACGAAAAUGGCGUGGGUGGAUUGAACAAGAGUCUUUCAAGAGGCUUGUCUAUCAUGUCUUUCUCCAUGAUUCCCAGACAGCAAUCACUCACAACGCCAACCCUUUGAUAUCCUAUGCAGAUCUUGAACUUCCACUCCCUGCCGCCCGUUCAUUGUGGGAAGCAAAGACAGCCACCGAAUGGAAGGAACUUUAUUCCGCAACCCCUACAGAACGCGUCCCCUCCCUCGCCGAUCUUCUCCGCGACAUGUCGCAACUAUCGGUAUUCCAAGACCGCAUUGACUCCCAGCUAGCGGCUCUUGUUCUCCUCCACGGACUUUCCGCUCUGAUUAACGAAUACCACCGGCUGAAGUUCAUAUCUACCAGUAACUCCAAACACUGGCAUGCUCUUGUGACAAACUCUCGCCAACAAGAACUCGACCAAGCACUUCAGCAUUUCCGAAUGGUAUGCUCAGAACUUCGAGUCCAAUGCCGCCCCGAGAUCACAUUAGUGUGCGAAGUAGUCUCGAUGCUUCUCCACAUGUCUCUUGAAGAACUGCAAUUGUUCGCUGGAAAGGAAGAUAAACAAGAAGCCCGUCGAGUCUACCACUCGGCUCUUGAGUGGAUCACAAGUUCCGAUUCAAGACGAGCCAUCUGGCACGCCGGACAAACCGUGCGAGCGGCUCGACGAAUGGCACCCGGCUCAUUAACCGGCUUCCUUGCAAUUGGGGUCUACUACGCAAGUCUCGCGUUCUGGUCCUACGGCGUCGUAUCCAAAGCCAAGAACACUCAGCUCACCGGUAGUCCCGCUUCUCUUUCCACUCAAGGUCCAACUGUAUUCCUAGACGCGGAUGAAGUAGCCGACGUUUCCAAAUUCGUGACUCUUGGAUGCGGCCUCCCUGCACUACAAGGACCCAGUGGACCAACUUUCCUUGCAGAUCCUGGAAUGACGAUGCAGGCUGUCCAAGAGGUACUAAGGCCUGAUGUUUCUACGAGGACACCACCGCUGGUUCAGAGUCUGGCUCAGCUUAUGGGGGAUCUGGGACAUUGCGUAUAUGGAGGGGCGUGA